AUGCGUUUUACACAGAUUGUGGCAGCCGCUCUCUGCUUGGGCGCCACCGAGGCAGCGGUAGCUCCUAUCGACAGAGCCCGCAAAGUGCUAGGAAACCAGCACGCGUUUGACAAACGUGAUGCUUCCGGUGAUACCGCAAAGGCCCCCAAACACUUGACUAGCAAGAACAAGAAGUUCUAUGUUGACCCAAACAGCAUCCCUGGUGUCCCUUUCGAUAUUGGAGAGUCGUAUGCUGGAAAUCUCGCCAACACUCCAGCUGGCAACUCUAGUUUGUUUUUCUGGUACUUCCCAUCAGAGAACCCGGAAGCCAAAAACGAAAUCACCAUUUGGCUCAACGGUGGCCCCGGAUGUAGCUCCAUGAUUGGUCUUCUUCAAGAGAAUGGACCAUUCUUGUGGCAGCCGGGCACUGAUGGCCCAGUCAAGAAUCCCUAUGCUUGGUCCAAACUCACUAAUAUGGUCUGGGUUGACCAACCAGCGGGAACUGGCUUCUCCCCUGGCCCACCCACUGUGAAGGAUGAAAUCGAUGUUGCAAACCAGUUCAGCGACUUCUGGAAGAAUUUCAUGGACACCUUUGACCUCCACCACAGUGAUGUUUACCUUGCUGGAGAGAGUUACGCUGGUCAAUAUAUUCCUUACAUUGCCAGCGGGAUGCUAGACAGGAAGGAUUCCGAAUACUUUAAUGUCCAGGGUAUCACAAUCAUUGACCCAUCCAUUGGUGCUACCGAAGUGAUUAUUGAUGCCCCAUCUGUUCCUGCAUUGCACCGCUUCAACAACAUUAUUGACCUAAAUGAGACCUUCGUUAACGAUAUCACUAAAAAAUGGGAGAGCUGUGGAUACAAGAAAUUCAUGGAUGAUGCUUUGAGGUUCCCUCCAGCUGGCCCCAUGACUGUCCCUGGAAAGUCUGCUGGAUGUGAUGUUUGGGACGAGAUUAUCACUGCUGUCAAGGAGGUCAAUCCAUGCUUCAACAUCUAUCACCUUAGGGACAACUGCCCAAGCCCAUCUAACGUCAUGAAUGGACCAAAGAACUUCUUCAACAACAAGCAAAUCCAGGAAGCUAUCCACGCCCACCCAACUGAUUACCGCCUUUGCGGUGAAUCUCAGAUCUUCGGUCCUCACCGCAAUGACCGCUCUGUCCCCAGCUCAUAUGGCCCCCUUGCCAGUGUCAUUGAGAGAACAAACAACACCAUUAUUGCACACGGUGACCUUGACUUCCUCCUUUUCGCCGAAGGCAGCUUAGCCUCCAUCCAAAACAUGACUUGGGGUGGUCUCCUGGGCUUUCAGAAGGAACCAUCUGACAAGUUCUAUGUUCCAUACAAGGAUGGAUCUGAAGUCGGCGGAGCUGGAUUUGUUGGCAAGACCCAUCGCGAGCGUGGCCUCACUUGGGUUACUGUUGACCUUGCUGGACACGGUAAGUUGGAUUAUCCCAAUUUGCCGCCUGGAAGGUCGCUAACAUAUAUUAUAUCUAGAAAUCCCACAGUAUGCUCCCACUGCUGCAUACCGUAUGCUCGAGUACAUGCUUGGAAGAGUCCAGAGCCUGACUGA